AUGCGCUGUAAUUCCCCUGCUUUAGGUUGGAUUUAUUCGCGCCAUUUGCUUACCGUGUUACAACACAAUUGUUCGAGUCUUCCCUCAGUGGGAUGCCAUCGCCAGACUGCCGUACGAAGAAAGGGCAAGAAUCUUGCACGAACAGAUGCAACAGAAAUUCAGCAAAAGAAAGCACUCGUUGUUGGGGCUACGACAGUCAAUAUCCACGUGGUGUGUCGCGGAUAA